AUGCCCAAGCUCCCCUCGCUGGUCCCAGCGGCCGUCGCCAAACCUCUCUACCGCGGUACCGAGCUCGUGAGAGGCGCCGUCGGCAGCCUGACCUGGGGACCGGCCCUCUCCGUAGCCAAGCCCGCCAUCCUCUCCGUCUUUUCAAAGAUUGAGCGCGGCACGCUCCUGCUCGUCGACGAACCCGCCGAGCUCCGGAGGGUGUUUGGCCAGAAGCUGGGCGCAAAGUACAACGAGAACCUCACCAACGGCGACCACGUCCCCCGCCGCGCGGAUGCCGUGCCCCGCGUGGAGCUCGUCGUCAAGAGCGAUGCGUUCUGGAUGCGCCUGUUCUUGUUCGCCGACAUGGGGUUCGCCGAGUCUUAUAUGCUGGGAGAGAUAGAGUGCAAGGACUUGACUGCCUUCUUUCAGCUCUUCAUCGUCAACCGCGAAGAAAUGGGCAACGGAACGACCUGGAUAUCAAGCUUGUCCACCGCCGUCUCGAGCCUGGCGCGAACCACAAACACCCUAUCCAACGCCCUCCUCAACAUCUCGGCGCAUUAUGACAUCAGCAACGACAUGUUCGCCGCGUUCCUGUCGCCGGACAUGACGUACUCGUGCCCCAUCUGGAAACCCCAAAGCAGCGACCCGAGUGAACCCGAAGAGACGCUGGAAGAGGCGCAAAUGACCAAGCUGCACCGCUUCAUCGAUGGCGCGCACAUCAAGCCGUCGGAUCAUGUGCUGGAGAUCGGCACGGGCUGGGGCUCCUUUGCGAUCGAGGCGGUCAAGAAGACGGGCUGCCGCGUGACGAGCUUGACGCUCUCCAAGGAACAGAAGGCGCUCGCGGAGGAGCGCAUCGAGGCUGCGGGCUUCUCGGACCGCAUCGAUGUCAGGCUUACGGAUUACCGGGAGUUGGAGACGCCGGGCAGGCCGUUUGACAAGAUUGUGUCCAUUGAGAUGCUGGAAGCCGUCGGUCAGGAGUUCCUGGCGACGUAUUUUGCGCAAAUGGAUCGGUUGCUGAAGCAGGAUGGGGGUGUCGCCGUCUUCCAGUGCAUUACGAUGCCUGAGGGUCGUCAUGAAGCGUAUUCCAAAGGUGAAGAUUUUAUCAACCACUACAUUUUCCCUGGAGGUUACCUCCCAUCGAUCACUCAGCUGCUGAACCACAUCACCAAGGAGUCCAAGGGAACUCUCAUCGUCGAAAAGGUCGAGAACAUUGGUGGCCACUACUCAAAAACUCUGAGGCUGUGGAAGGAGGAUUUCCUCCGCAACUUCGAUUCCAAGAUUCGCCCAGCCUUGAAACGUGAGCAUGAUGACAUGACUGAAGAAGAAAUAGAUGUAUUUAGAAGAAAGUGGGAGUAUUACUUCACAUACUGCGAAGCCGGGUUCCGAACAAAGACGCUUGGCGACGUAAUAAUAACCGUUGGACGCGAGGGCGCUCUGGAGUUGAUGGAAGGCAUUCCGCUAUGA